UGAAAUAAUUUCUGUGUUUCAUUUAUCUGACGCGUAUUUGUAGUGUGCAAAUUUUGUUAAAAAAAGAUAUUAAAAAUCGGUUUAAAUUAAAAUUUAUAUUUAAGUUCAAAUAAUUAAUUUUGAGAUGGGAUCUAAUGAUAGAGAAACUCGGUCUUCACCUCGUGUUGAUGAACCCCUAAGCGACAAUAUAAUGCCAGCAAAAAGAUCGCGUUCUGAUUCAGGCAAGACUUCUGAGUCGAAAAUUCCAUACAUUUCUCAGCCAAUUUAUGAUGUCAAGCAGUCGGGAGACGUAAAGUUCGGUCCAGGUACAAGAUCCGCUUUGCUUGGUCUCCUUGGUGGGGCGUUACCAAAACUAUCAUCAGAGCAGCAUGAUACAGUAACGAAGGCGAAGAAGUAUGCAAUGGAGCAAAGUAUUAAAAUGGUCCUGAUGAAGCAAACAUUGGCGCACCAACAACAGCAAUUAGCAUCUCAACGAACACAGGUUCAAAGACAGCAGGCUCUGGCACUUAUGUGCAGGGUGUAUGUCGGGAGUAUAUCUUUUGAACUUAAAGAAGAUACAAUACGUGGAGCAUUUCUUCCAUUUGGUCCAAUUAAAUCCAUAAACAUGUCAUGGGAUCCAAUUACACAAAAACAUAAAGGCUUCGCUUUUGUGGAGUACGAAAUUCCUGAGGGAGCGCAAUUAGCACUAGAACAAAUGAAUGGCGCACUAAUGGGGGGAAGAAACAUAAAAGUUGGUAGACCUAGUAAUAUGCCUCAAGCGCAACAAGUAAUUGAUGAAAUUCAAGAAGAGGCUAAGAGUUUUAAUCGAAUAUACGUCGCCUCUAUACACCCUGAUCUAUCUGAAGAAGACAUAAAAAGUGUUUUUGAAGCAUUUGGUCCAAUCUUAUAUUGUAAACUUGCCCAAGGUACUUCAUUUAAUUCUCACAAAGGAUAUGGAUUUAUAGAAUAUGCAAAUAAACAGGCAAUGGAUGAAGCAAUUGCGAGCAUGAACUUAUUUGACUUAGGUGGACAAUUGUUGAGAGUGGGACGCUCAAUUACUCCACCGAAUGCAUUAGUAUGUCCUACUACAAAUUCAACAAUGCCUACUGCUGCCGCUGUUGCGGCUGCAGCGGCUACAGCAAAAAUUCAAGCACUUGACGCAGUUGCAAGUAAUGCAGUAUUGGGGCUUUCAGCAACAAGUCCGUCCCUAGGAAUCUCUCCAAUAACAGCACCCGGCGUUGUAUCAAAAGUACUUCCAAUAGCAACAGCACCUAAUGCUUUACAUCCUCCUAGUGUUACAGCAUCUACUGGUUCAGGGACCGCAUUUUUGCAAGCUGGAGUUUUCCAAGCCCCAGCUAUUGCACAAACACUUCUCACUUCUGGAUUACCUACUGUUUCAGCGGAUCAAACAGUGAUUACACCAGCAACUUUACUUGCUGCAACCAAUAUACCAACGGUAACACCAGUUGGUCCAAUAGGAGCUGUAUCUCUUCUGACUACUGAUAACAAUAUCUCAACGAUGAUCAAUUCUGUACCAACUAUGAGUACGAAUUCAGUUGAGAAUGUAAAGAAAGCCCAUGAAAAACAACAAGAAGAAUUGCAAAAAAAGUUGAUGGAAGAAGUAGAAACACAGACUCUGCAGCAACAAGAAAAUAUGUCGAUAAAAGGUCAAAGUGCGAGACAGUUGGUGAUGCAACGCCUAAUGCGGCCGCAAGAAUCGAGGGUAAUUAUAUUACGAAAUAUGGUUGGACCAGAAGAUGUGGAUGAAACACUUCAAGAAGAGAUUCAAGAGGAGUGUAAAAAGUUUGGCACUGUUAGCCGUGUUAUAAUAUUCAAUGAGAAACAAACAGAAAACGAAGAUGACGAAGAGGCAGAAAUAAUCGUCAAAAUAUUCGUUGAAUUUUCUAAUGCGACCGAGGCUAUACGCGGUCGCGAUGCUCUUCAUGGCAGAUUCUUUGGUGGAAGACGAGUAAUAGCCGAACUUUAUGAUCAAUCAUUAUUUGAUCAUGGAGAUUUAUCUGGUUAGAUGAUAGAUUAUAUAUCAAAUUAAUUUUAAUUAAAUAGUAAACUUUCUUCUUUAAUGUAUUCGUAUGUAAUGUAACCCAAUUACUUGUUCGCUAAUAAAUAUAUUUCUUACUCUGUAAA